GAGGCAGCGGUGGGAAGAUGGCGGAUUCUUUGAGUGUUGGGAUUAAUCUUGAUGCUUUUUCUCAUGCGAUUAACGCCAUUCAACAACUUCGCUCCAGUGUUACCCGCGUUUUUGAUACUCUCAAGGAUGGGAUGAAGAACAAAGAGACGUUGGAAGGCAGAGAGAAAGCGUUUAUCAGUGAUUUUCAGGAGAACCUUCAUGCUGUGAACAGGGAUCUGAAUGAGUUGGAACGCUUGAGUAACUUGGUAGGGCGACCAUCAGAGAGCCAUCCUCUCCAUAACAGUGGCUUAUUGAGUCUCGAUCCGGUUCAGGAUAAAACUCCUCUCUACAGCCAACUUUUGCAGGCAUACAAAUGGUCUAACAAGCUCCAAUAUCAUGCUGGUCUGGCUUCUGGUCUGUUAAACCAGCAGUCCCUGAAAAGAUCAGCUAUGCAGAUGGGUGUAUCUGCAAAACGUAGGCCAAAGGUUCAACCUACCACCCUCGCUCUGCCACCUCAAUAUGUGGAUGAUGUUAUUGCACGGAUUGAUCGAAUGUUUCCUGACAUGUCCCUUCAGUUAUCCAGACCAAAUGGUUCCUCUGCUGUGCUGCUGGUUACACUUGGAAAGGUUUUAAAGGCAAUUGUUGUAAUGAGGAGUCUAUUCAUUGAUCGGACAAUCGUUAAGGCUUACAAUGAAAACGUCUACACAGAAGAUGGGAAGCUGGAUAUAUGGUCCAAGUCAAAUUAUCAUGUAUUUCAGAAGGUGACGGAUCAUGCCACUACAGCACUGCUGCAUUAUCAGCUGCCUCAAAUGCCAGACGUAGUUGUCAGGUCCUUCAUGACUUGGCUGCGAAGUUACAUUAAAUUAUUCCAGGCUACGUGUCAGCGAUGUGGAAAAUAUCUUCAGGAUGGACUACCUCCCACGUGGAGGGACUUCCGCACGCUUGAGGCCUUUCAUGAUACUUGCAGGCAGUAACAUUUGACUCCUGGUCUUGUUGCUAAGGAUCAUAUCAGGAUUUAAUGAUGUAUACUUCACAAGAUUCAAAGACAUUGAUUUGAUAUGCUUAGUUUAAGAAUUCUAAACUAUUUCCUGCAGGGUAGAAUGAUUCUUCCACCAAUUUUGUAUUCAGAAAAAAUUAUUUUAUUAUAAAAGACCUUAAAUUGGUAUGAAUAAUGUUACAUAUAAAUAGGUUAUGUAAAUCAUUGAAUUUAACAUUUUUAAGGGUAAAUUUUUUUAAAAAUUAUAUCAUGGUUUACAUAUGUACAUUAGGACUUACUUUAAUAUUUGUCCUUUUUAUUCUGCAUUCAUAUCAUGUUCCAGGCUUAUCUUACUCAUAUACUCAGCUGUCUGUGCUAAAAUCAGAAAUUCAUAAGGCUCUUCCACUUAAGUGUACAGCCAUUAAUGUUUACAGCAAAGUUUUGCCAAGGCUUAUGUCCUCUUAUUUUUUGCUCUCUGUCAUAAACACUUGGAUCAUUUCUUAUUUUCACUUCUCACCAUGUAACUCUGAAAUGCGUUUUACUUCUGUCAUAUUUUCAUUUCAUUAACUAAAUUAACAUAUUUUAAACAUGAUUCUAGAAAUGGCUACAUUGCAGUUAUAAAACUCAAGGUAACAUUUCAUCAUUAACUUCAGUUUCAACACCAUUGUUCCUAAGACAUUUGACAGACAGCAGGAAACAUGCAGUUAUUUUUUGAAACCUGGGGAAAUUAAUGUAAUUAUUCUUUAUGAGAGGUAGGGAUAAUUGUGUGAAAGAAUAUCACAGCCAUCAGUCUAUUCACAUUUCAACAUGGGGUUCUGGAAUGUUCUUGAAGAUGUCUUUGCAUUGUUUUUGGUAUGAUAGCAAACAGAAACUAGACUAAAUUGUCAAGUCAUAAUCGAAAAUCAUAAUUUGAAUUGGCCUUUAACCUCAGUCUAAUGAGAGGUUUCUGAGGAGAUAAUUUAGGAAAAGGUUGCCAGUUACUGCACAGGAUUGGGCAAAAUAGUGGUUACAUUUGCCUAGAUUUUCCAUGUCAGUUUUAAUCCAUAACCAUUUGCUUUUUCUGAUGGGCCUAUGAGUAUUCCUAUACUUGUGUCACCUGAAAAUAAUGUGGAUUGAGAUGCAUCUAGUGCUUCAACAACAUUUUCAAGAGAAAUGUUACUUUAAUGGUUUAAACAGGUAAGCUUGUUAUGUCUUGUUUUGUCAUAGCCAGAAUUAUUUCAUGUUGAAUUGGAACCUAGAAAUUCUCCAUUUCAAAAUUGCAUUGUGAGUUUUGAAUGUCAUAUGUUUUUUUAAAUACUAAAUUGAACUGAUGGAC